AUGGCUAGCCUUGUAUUGAUGCUCCUGUCAGUCAUCACAUUCGGCUCUUUGGUAGCUUCGCAGUCUGACGAGUACACCCACUCCAUUGUACAUGACUUCAGCACCUACAAAGACAACGUCGACAAGCUCUUGACCGAUGACAAGGCUAAAGACUUCCGCAACGACUGGCAACUGUAUGACUACUGGCAACGAGCCGAUAAUCCUACCAUUCGUGUGGAUGCGAAGUACGACCACGAAAAUGUUCGAAUCAAGGAUGGGGCCUUGAUCUUGGAACAGAAAGGCUGGAAAGAGGGAGAUGACAAAGUCAGCAUGGCAGGCAUACAAAGUCAGCUCCUGAACAUCGGCUACGGUACCUUCACUACUGUCUUCAAGGUCACUGGCGAUGAUGGAGGAUCGGUGGCGAGCUUUUUCUGGUACAGAGAUGACCGUGCUGAGAUUGAUGUCGAGAUCGUGACCAGAGGCACCUCGCUGGUCAACGACACCAUGAACUGGACUACACAUCCUUCCCUCGAUGAUUUAGGUAACCCGAUCUUUGGAGCGACUGUACGUGUCCCCUUAGAUCCCAAAUUCAACGGUACCAACAUCCGUGAAUACCACGAGUAUCGAUUCGAUUACAGCAAGGACAACGUCAAAUACUUCCUUGACGGCACACUCGUUCACGAAGAUCUUCGUCCUCCACUUCCGGGCGGCAACCUACAGCUUAAGUUAUGGGCCGAUGGCAACAUGUGGUGGUCUGGAAAGCCUAGUGCUACCACAGUGACAAUGUCGGUACAGAACAUCACAGCCCACUUCAACCUCACUGAAGAGCCGAAGCCGAUGGCUGCACGGUCAUGGUGGACGGGGUACUGGUGUGAUUAUGAUGGACUAUGCGCCUGA